CUCGCAAGAACCCUUCCCCCAAAACACACUCCGACAGUCAUUAAAAAAAAAUCAUAUGAGAGCCGAAUAAGCACAAUUUACAUAAGACGUGGAAAUUAAGAGUUUGAAAGAAAGGAGAAAGAAGAUGGCGUUUGGCGUAGGAAAGAAGAUGAUGAGGAGGAGGAGGAAGGGGAGGAGCAAAAUAAACGGAGUUUUCCACGACGAUGUGUUGGUGGAGAUCCUGCAGCGUGCCCCCUCUGAAUCGGUGGCUCGUUGCAAAGCGGUGUGCAAGCGGUGGCGAGACCUAAUUUCGACCCGUUUUUUCUUCGACCGUUUUUGCGGCCACCACCAGCUUAGCGGCGAAGAGGAGUGCGUCGCCACCCGCUGCUCCACCAGGGUGCAUCUGUUCCUGUUUCAUCCUCACUUUGAGCGCCAAUUUUCCCUGGACUUCCUCCCCUUUUACGAAUCUGUGAUAACUUCGAAAUUCGUGAUGGGUUACUGCGAAGGUCUGUUAUUGUGCGAUCCAGACGCCAAAUAUCAGCUGUUUUACCACAUAGUUAACCCGAUCACCAAGACCUGGGUCGGACUCCCCGCAGCGCCGGGGUUUGGCGCAGAUCUGGAUGUAGUGGUGGGCUUAGCCUAUUACCCGGACCCUCCCCGCCCUCGCUUCAAGAUUGUUCGGAUUCUUCCGCCCCGGGAGCCCAGACCGGCGUCCGAAUUCGAGGUGGGGACCUUUUGCUCCGAGACAGGAAAGUGGAUCCGGAGAAUGGUGACAUCUCCCAAGCCCAUUACCUGGACGGACUUCAUGUUUAUGCCACCUCCCCUUUUCUACCAGGGGUACCUGCAUUGGAUGGACAGCCAGAUGCAGGCAAUUCUUUACGAUGUGGAAAAUGACAAGAUCCCUUUCAUCCUGGAUCCGCCCGCAGGCGCCGCCGUGCCCACGGAGGAGUUAUUUUGUUUCGGUCUGUGCGGCGGCCGGCUUUACGUGGCGGAGCUGCACUAUGCCACAUUGAGGAUAUGGGAGCUGAAGCACCAGAGGCAGGGGCGGCCGGAGUGGAGUAUGCAGCGGCAGGUACAUCUGCAAGAAGAAAGCAGCAUCAGGCACGGCCGGGAUUGGCUACCUGUAAUAUCAACCUCACGGCUACCAUUGCUGGCUAUCCAUCCAUUGGAUAUCAAUGUUGUUUAUAUACGUAUUCAAGAUGAGGUUAUUUCUUGCAAUUUGAGAACCCAAACUCUGAAAUCCUUUUGCAAAGUACCUCCCUGCAAUUGUACAAUGAGCAUCACGCUUCCUCCCUGGCCAACUUCCAUACCCCAAAUUCAAAACUCUUAAUUUACUUUAACUACAUCUCAUAAACUCAGCUUGUUCUAUUAGUUAUUUAUUACUUGGACUGGACUAUGCAAUAACUGUGUGUUGUGUCCUUUAUUUACAGGAGAAUGAUUGAGUAAGGUAGGCUUAACAUGCACAAUCUUAAGUCUCUUUCAUUUGUAUCAAUCUUAUGAGUUCAAUUGUCCCAUUGUUUAGUGAUUAAAAUCAAUAUAUGAUAUUAAUAUCUAAAAAAAUUGGGAUAAUUUUAUUCUUAUUUGACCUAAAAUGAAAGAGACCUCAUUGUUAAUCUUAAAUAUAGCCUACUGCCUUACCCAAUCAUUCUCAUGUAUACAUACAUGUAAGGAAGCUAAGUAUGGUUUUUCUUUAACAAAAAAAGAAGUAUGGUUUUGUUUCCUCUAGCUAGUACACC